CAAUUACACCUCAUAACUCCCCACCUCCCUUCUUCUUUCCCCUUCUAAACUAAAGUUGGUUGCUCUGUUUUCUCAUCUUUUGGGGUUGGUGUGUGCUCAAAAAAACAGAGCAUAUUAGUGUUUGAUAUAUAUUAUUAUGGGAACUUUAGUAGGUCAUGUAGCACCCGGGUUUGGCUUCUUCAUCAUUGGCCUAUGGCAUCUCUUCAACAACAUAAAGAUCGAAGCUUGUAACAACAACAACAACAACCAUCCAAAUACUGCCAUAUUUCUCUCAUGGUUUCCCACUUCAAGAUUCAAGUACUUAGAGCCGUUUUUAAUUAUGGUUGGUGCCUCCGCCUCUAUAGCCAUGGAGCUCUUCAUCGGCCCACAAAGACACCAACCCUUCGAUACCGAUGGAACCAUCCCUUCUUACCAUCUCCACAACUUCGAACACUCCAACAUUUCUAUGACUUUCUUUGUGUUUGCUGCGUUUUGUGUUGUCCUUGAUCGGGUUCGUCCCAAGGCUUAUUUUGAGCUGACACAAUUUGUUGGCACAGUGGCUUUUGGACAAGAGCUUCUGUUGUUUCACCUCCACUCGGCUGACCAUAUGGGCCCCGAAGGCCAAUACCAUUUACUUCUUCAGCUGCUUGUGCUGGUCUCUUUUGCCACAACUCUACUUGGGAUUGCUCUUCCUAAUAGCUUCUUGGUGGCGUUUGUUAGGUCUCUUAGUAUUGUUUUUCAAGGCCUUUGGCUUAUUCUCAUGGGCUUCGCACUCUGGACGCCUUCUUUCAUUCCUAAAGGUUGCUUUAUGCACUUGGAAGAUGGGCACAAGGUGGUGCGGUGCGCUGGGGACGAACCACUUCACCGAGCAAAGUCGUUAAUCAACAUACAAUUCAGCUGGCUACUAAUUGCACUCACCAUUUUGGGUUUAUCAUUUUAUUUGGUUCUGCUAAAACUAUACCAACAACAAACCCCGAAGAUUAAUCCAGUCCAAUACUUUUCACUAAUCACCAACGACGACGAAGAAGCUGCAGCCACCUCAACACCAACAAAAACAACAUCUUACGACGUCGUGUCCAAAAGCUUUAUUCAAAUGGGUCAUAAGCUCACAGAUACAGACAUGGAAAGGUAGAAGAAGCAAAAAUCACAAACCAAAUGGAUAAAGCCACAGCUUAUGCAAUUUAAAAUCAUUGGUGUGUAAUAAUGUGUACAGUAUAUAUAGUUUGUUUGUAUUUAUAAUUCACUGUGUUGUGUUUUGGUUCGGGAGUAGUUUCCAAAUCUUUCAUUUUCAUUUCCUUUUGUAAAAUUUUAAGCCAAGCUGAAACUAUGUGUGAAAGGGCAGGCUUAACUUAAUUAGCUUAGAUCAAAUCAGCAAAUGACUGCUGCACCUAAAUUUGAUCCAUUAUCAAUACUCCAUUCAUCUU